GACAACAAUUACCUUGGUACCCAAGACCCCCAUGAAACCACCUCUAACCUUCUCAGGAGACAAGAAGGAUGAGGCUCUCGACACGUGGUUGAGAACGGUGCCAGUGUGGGUGAGGGCAAAGAGGACAUUGGUAAAGGAGGAAGUGAUUACUGCUGCAUCCUACUUAAUAGAAGGUUCGUCAACUUGCUGGCUAAGUGGAUUGGUAGCUUCAAAUGGGUUCGGGAGGAACAUGGGUGAUUGGGCGCAGACCCACACCUUAGAAAGCUUUCUGGAUUUAGUGGAAGCACGAUGGCACAACCCUCAACAGGCACAGAUUGCCACUGAUGGGCUAUUAAAGCUUGAUGCUAGGAAGUACAAGUCAGUGCGAGAGCUUACCACGACCGUAGAGCGCAUGAUUGUUGUCCCAGGAGUGGAGUACAAUCCACAGGUCUUAUUGACCAUGUUCUUAAGAUGUCUUCCCACAGACAUCAAGAACUUACUGGCCAGCGAGGCUCGGUUACAGUAUCACACCUUUGAGACAUUCGGUAAGAAGGCCCUAGACUUAGAGGCUACGCUGGGUGGUGCCCAAACCCCCUCUACGGACAGAAGAAAGAAGAAGGCUCCACAAGAGUGGAAGAAAAAAGGCAGUCGAUUGAUGAUGGUUGAUUCCGAUGGGAAUCAAACUGCGAUCGAUGAUGUUUCUGAACUUGUGAAGAGUGCAGAGUUGGACGGCGAGGAGAGUGCUAAGGGUAACAACCUCGCCGCAACAGUUAAGACUAAGGCAGGUGGCCGCGGCAAGGGCGGUCAGCAAAGGAGUCAUGGGCAAGCCGCCAACCCAAACAAAAUAGUUGCUUGGGUGAGGGCCGGUUUGGAUCAGGAAGUGUGGCGAGACCAUUGGUCGCGUGGUGCUUGCAUAAACUGCAGCGAGUACGUCCAUACGCAGUUUAAAUGCAAGAACCCGAAGGUCUUGCAGAAGAUCCCUCCUAAGGCCUUAGAAGACCUUCAAGGUGAGUGGUCGGCAAUGGAUCCUCAUGAGCCCUGGGUGGCACGAAGUAGAGGUCCUAGAGGGGAGCACUUCGUUGUGGAAGUUGGUGUGGGUGGUCACAAGUGUGGCGCCUUCGUAGACAUUGGCUCCACGCGAAACUUCAUAAGUCGCGACUGCGUUGAUAGACUGCGCCUAAAGGACCGGGUGCAGCGCCUGAGUAGACCGGUAGCAUCUACUUUGGCCAACAAAGAGCACACGAUGGUGGAGGACUACGUUAAAGACGUGGUCUGCACGUUCUCCUACCUAGGAGGAGAGAUAAACCAUAAGAUAUCAUUCCUGGUGAGCGACGAUUUGCCCUUUGACAUGUUGUUGGGCAUGUACUACAUCGAGGUUGUCAAGCCCCAGUUUGACUGGGACAAGGUGUUGGAGCACGAGUUGCCUAAUGGGAGGACCGUUAGACUGGCUAAGUAUAAAGUCAAUUACCUAGGUGCGCUGAUUUCUAAGUUUGGCUUAUCCGAGGACGUGACUCGAUCCUUGGGGGAAGCCUACAAGGAAGAUCCCGUCAUGAUGGACAUUAUCAACAAACUGCAGGCUAAAGACAAGGCCACUAUUGACAAGUUUGUGAUGGUGGAUGGGUUACUCUUUCUUGAAAUGGGGUUUGACAGCAGACUGUCGAACACAUCAAGAAAUCUCAAGAAGCUAUGAUUGCUUUUGAGAACAAACGUCGCCGACAGUC